CUCUGUCUUAGUGUAUUUGAAAGAGGAAGGCCAUUGAGGACCUGUGAGCAAUCCAGCAGUUUCUGAAAAAUCUUCAUGCGAAAGGAUAAUCCAGAAUUCCCUGAAGAAGAACAUAGUGAAUGUUAAUCCAGAGGAGCCAUCGGAGGAUCGUGCUCACGGGGAGAUGAUUCCUCAUGAAGUCACUGGAUCCCUUGCAGAAAUCAAAUGUGACUUUCCGUUUAUCAGACUGAAAUCAGAGCCAGCCAGACAGUGAAGCAAGCACAGUGGAGGGGGGACGGCGAAAGAUGAAAUCCAACCAAGAGCGGAGCAAUGAAUGCCUGCCACCUAAGAAGCGAGAAAUCCCUGCCACAAGCCUGCCGUCAGAGGUGAAGCCGGUCCUGCCAAACGAAAACCACCGUGCGGAUAACCUAGCAUGGCUCCCCAGCACACCCAGUGGCCAGGGCAGCCUCGGGGGCCGACACCGGCCUGGGGGGACGUCGUCAGUGGAGGUGGGCUUGCAGCAGGGUUUGCACAAGUCUCUGUCUGCGGGGCUGGACUAUUCCCCACCAAGCGCGCCCAGGUCCGUUCCGGUCUCCACCACUCUUCCCACGGUGUACUCGCCCGCCCUCUCCCAGUCUGGGACCCCCGUUUCCCCUGUGCAGUACACGCACCUGCAGCACACCUUCCAGUUCGUCGGGCCCCAGUACAGCGGAUCGUACACCGGAUUCAUCCCUUCGCAGCUGAUUUCCCCAACAGCCAAUUCCGCGACCGGCGCCGUCACGGCUGUUGCGACCACUCCAUCCCAGCGCUCCCAGCUGGAGGCUUAUUCCACCUUGCUGGCCAGCAUGAGCGGCUUAAGCCAGCAAGGGCACAAAGUUGAGCCGCAUCUGGUCAGGACGCCUGGACUGAUCGCCGCUGGGUCUCCUCCACCCACCCAGCAGAACCAGUACGUCCACAUUUCCAGCUCUUCCCAGAGCACCGUUAGAAACGUCUCUCCUCCAACCAUCCCAGUCCCCCUGCACCCCCAUCAGACAGUGAUCCCGCACACCCUCACCCUCGGCCCUUCCUCCCAAGUGGUGGUGCAGUACACCGACUCGGGGGGCCACUUCGUCGCCAGGGAUGCCCCUAAGAAGCCCGAGAGCAGCCGGUUGCAGGCGAUGCAGGCCAAGGAGGUACUGAAUGGCGAGAUAGAGAAGAGCCGGAGGUACGGCAUUUCGCCAUCUGCCGACAUAGGUCUAGUCAAAGCAGGCAAUAAACCAGCUCCCCAUCAUUAUGAGACCAGGCACGUGGUGGUCCACUCGAGCCCCGCCGAGUACGGUGCACGGGAUUCCUCAGGUGUCCGAGCCUCCGUCAUGGUGGUCCCCAACAGCAGCACGCCCACGGCCGACAUGGAGGUGCAGCAGGCCACCAACCGCGAGACCUCUCCCUCAACCCUCAACGACAAGGGAAGCUUGCACUUAGGAAAGCCAGCCCACCGGUCCUACGCCUUGUCUCCGCAGCAGGCUCUGGGCCACGAGGGGGUGAAGGCAGUGGCCACGCUGUCCCCUCACACCGUCAUUCAGACCACCCACAGCGCCUCGGAGCAACUCCCCGUCGGGCUGCCGGCGACGCACCUGGUGAUCCCCGGCACCCAGUCCCUGCUGAUUCCGGUUGGCGGCACAGACGUCGAGCCGUCGGGAGUGGCGCCUGCGAUCGUCACGUCGUCUCCCCAGUUCGCAGCAGUGCCUCACACGUUCGUCACCACCGCCGUCCCCAAAAGCGAGAACUUCAGCGCGGAGCCCCUCACCACCCAGCCCGCCUACCAGGCCACCAUGGUGCAGGCGCAGAUCCACCUGCCCGUGGUGCAGUCCAUCGCUUCCCCCGCCGCUGCACCUCCCACGCUGCCCCCCUACUUCAUGAAGGGGUCGAUCAUUCAGCUGGCCAACGGGGAGCUGAAGAAAGUAGAGGACUUGAAAACAGAAGACUUCAUACAGAGCGCAGAAAUCAGCAACGACCUGAAAAUAGACUCCAGCACUGUGGAGAGGAUUGAAGAGAGCCAUAGCCCGGGCAUCGCCGUGAUACAGUUUGCAGUCGGGGAGCAUCGAGCACAGGUCAGCGUGGAAGUCUUGGUAGAAUACCCUUUUUUUGUAUUUGGACAAGGCUGGUCAUCCUGCUGCCCCGAGAGAACCAGCCAGCUCUUUGAUUUGCCAUGCUCCAAACUCUCGGUGGGGGACGUCUGCAUAUCGCUCACGCUCAAGAACCUGAAGAACGGCUCUAUUAAAAAGGGCCAGCCCAUGGACUCAGCUAGUAUCUUGCUGAAGCAUUCAAAGAAUGACAGUCUAGCUGGAAGUAGACACAGGUAUGCGGAGCAGGAAAACGGGAUUAAUCAGGGAAGCGCACAGAUGUUAGCUGAGAACGGUGAACUGAAGUUUCCGGACAAAAUAGGAUUGCCUGCAGCACCUUUGCUCACCAAAACAGAACCCAGCAAGCCCCCGGCAACGAGGAAGAGGAGGUGGUCAGCCCCCGAAACACGAAAACUAGAGAAAUCAGAAGAGGAGCCACCUUUGACUCUUCCCAAGCCUUCUUUUAUUCCUCAGGAGGUUAAGAUUUGCAUUGAAGGUCGAUCCAAUGUAGGAAAGUAAAAGUUGUUUG